AGCGUAUGUACAUGCGCGUGCGCAGUGUUCUGCGGACCGCCGCCGGCGCCGCACUCAACGCGUUAUAGUUUAGUUUAGUUAGCUACUUAGAACAUUAUUAAUAUGUUGCAGUACCUGUUUUUGCUGUCUCUGUUAGUUUUAUCAAGCAAGUCAGACGGCAACCCGCUGACUAAUGAAGUCAUUUCGGAUCAAGAGUUAAAGUUUGCUUUAAUUAUACACAGGCAUGGAGAAAGAGCUCCAGAUGAAGAAGAGUUGUCACUAUCUGAUGAGCAGGAGCUCAUCAAGAAUCUGACCUAUAUCGAGGGUCCCGAAGGUCUUACCAAUGUCGGCAAACGCAGAGCCUACCAAAUCGGUAAAUACAUUCGCCAAAGAUACGGCAGUCAGGGGAACAACCUGAUCUCAGACAUUUACUACCAGAACGAGAUCUCACUUAGAAGUACUGAUAAGGAGCGCACCAAGAUGACCAUCCAGGUGGCGAUGGCCGCUGUCUACCCCCCGAAGGCGGAGCAGCAGUGGGAUGAUGGCGUUGGGAAGGUGUGGCAACCGGUUCCUUACUCAUCAGUGCCUUUAUCUGAAGAUUAUCUUCGUUACUACUCCAACUGCCACCGAUUUAAGGAGCUCAUGACGCAGGCGCAGGAGCAGGCUUUGCGCGAGGAGUUCGCUGCAUACGAGGACCUGGUUCCCUUCCUCGUAUUGAAGACUGGGAAGAAUUUCACAGAUAAUCCUCUCUACUAUCAGAUGCUCUUUGACUUGUUCAGGAGCUCGAUUGGUCUAGGUUUAGACAUUCCAGAAUGGUCCAAGCCACUACUCGCAAGAUUAAGUGAAGCGGCAAGGUUGGCCUACAGGAUGUAUUUCAGAGACGAUGAAAUGAAAAAAAUAGGUGGAGGAGUCCUUCUACACAAGUUCAUCAGCAUGUCCAAAGACAUCAUAUCGAACAAGCCCGUGCCCCAGCGGCUGCGCAUAUUCUCUGCCCACGACUUCAACAUCGGCGCGCUGAUGGAAGUGGCUCAAGUGAAGUGUGACCACAGCAUACCGGAGUACGGUGCAGUGUUUUCCUUGGAGCUUUACCGGUCCAGGAGUACCGGCAGCUAUAGUGUUGUGCCUGUAUAUCUACCUCAAGCCGGUGAAUCAUCGGCACAAAUGCUGCGCAUCAUCGGCUGCGAGUCCUCACCCUACUGCGACUUCCACAAGUUCCACCAGAACAGUAAAGACUUCAUACUCCCUGAGCGGGAUUACUAUCAGACAUGCAACAUUAAAACAGAGUUAUAGUCAAAUUUCAAAACGAUCUCGCAAGGAAGGCAUGUUGAUCAAAUCAGAAAGUUAAAUUAUUUAUAGAUCUCAUGAAUCAAAAUUAAAACCGCUCAAUAUUCCAUGUUGAUGCAAUCAGCGACUACACAGCCUUCUAGACACAGGAAAGAUAGAUCGAUUAAAUUUUAACGGUUACCAAAUAUAAAUUUCAGGCCUUCUAAAUAGCUGCAAUCGUAUUUUCUACAUUUAUGACAGUGUGUGGUUCGGACAAGUGAUAUUGCUAGCUCAGCUUCCUGUCUUAUCGUUUUACCCAGUUUACGUUAAUCACACUCGCGUCUUUUAUCCUCGAAGGAUUAGGCAGAGGCGCAACUGAUACACACACUAUCCACCGUGUGUAUUCUGUCCUACGUGAUAGAGAACGCCUAUUGCUAUAUCGACGUUCUUGUAUCCAACCAAAUAAAACAAAUUGCAUUUUACCCGUCAAAAGAUAAUUAGUCACCAUAUUUUGAUUUCAUAUAUCAUGUGUUAGUUUUAUAUGAACAAUCGACAUGCCUUCUGCGAGCAUUGUUACUCUGAACAUCGAAAUGUACUUGUUUCAAAUGGAAUCUGUUUAAUAUAUUUUUGCCGGUGUCAUAUGUAUCGCGUAAUUAUCUACUUACUAUCUCUACUUAACGCAUCUCUGUUUCUGAAGAGCAUACCGUGUGACACAUCUUUUAAAGUAUUCAUUUAUAUAUAUUGCAUAUGUGUUUAAACUCUUCACUAAGAAUAUUCUUGAGGUUAAAGCAAAUUAAGAUGAUCAAUGUUUGUACCCUAAACAAAUUGUCUUUAUUUGAGGUUAAAGUUAAAAGCCUUUGUUUACUAAAUCAACAAAUAUUGUCACACAAACUAUGAUUUAUUUACGAGAGCUAUUGCUUCUUACAAAUAAUUUGACAUUCACAAACUGUUUUGUUUCAAAGCGUUUAUUUUUAUUUUUUCUUGCAAUGAUGAAUGUCCGAAUGCAUUUUCUUUGUGCUUUUUUUGAAGGUUUCUUGUAUAUUUUUAUGUUGGGAUAAUUAUUCUGGAUGCUAAUGAAAUAGAGAAAGUAAUUACUGAACAUAUCAUUUCUUUUCUUGCUAAGUAAUAACGCUUAAGAGAGCUACCUCAUGGGCAAUUAUUUUUUAAGGGUUUCAAUGUCGCUAUCUUAUUUAUCUAUUUAAAAGUAAUGUGUUUGACAGAUCCUAGAUAUAAACAGUCCUAUUACGUAGGAAACUGCUACAAACUAUGCCUUAUAUUAUGCCAAUAAAAAGACAAAGGGAAAGAAAAGAAAGUAAUCUUUCUAAGCGUUGUGUUAACUAGUCUGUGAUAAUGAAUGUAAGGAAUAUAAUGUUAAGCUAAAUAAAUUAAUAAAAUAC